AUGAGUUGCCCCUGGGACACACCAGUUAGAUCGGCCGAUGGCCGUUUGCUCUGUGGUGCGCAUAGCUUGAUCGUUUGCGGACGCUGCGGCGUCGACUACAGUGACGUGGAUGACGUGGUUGACGACUCAAUCGAAGGGCGAAUGAGACCUUCAGAAGAAUAUGAAGACGACCUCAACCGCGCUGGCGCUCUAGAAAUCGAGAGACUCGAUCCCAUUCGCUAUAUGGAGAUGUCUAUAGGUAGAGGAUUAGUCCUGCCAACAGUCUUUGUACCACCCCCUUCGACAACCCCACAAAGCCUGUUUCCUGCCGACAUUGCACACAAAGCUCACCCACCUGCCACACGAUUUAUUUACGUGGAUGAUCCAAAGUUACUUCUUAUCUACACCAGCGGUACAUGCUUUGGUAAAGGACUAGCUGAGCUUAAGGGAGGAUGGGCUUUUAUCUUCGGGCCUCAAGAACCAAACACUACUUCCGGUGUAAGAGAACGUCUGGAAUACGAGGGUCCAUUGGGCAAUCUUGUCCAUCCGGAAAGCAACAGAGCUGAGCUUCGAGCCAUCAUCGGCGCUCUCCAGUACAGAAACUGGGCCAGUGAAGGUUUACUACUCUUGUUCUGGCAACUACCUCAGAUUAUAUCGUUAGAGGUGCAACAGAGUGGAUUCGAGCAUUGUUGCAGAGAGGCUGGAGUAAAGGUAACGGGGAGCUUGUAA